AUGUCUAUGGGACGUAUUCUUCUGACUGGUACCUUUCCAAAUUUAACGCAUCUUAAUGUGUCUAACUUUGGACAACACAUCACUUUAAAUUAUUUUACAGAUCAGUCAAUCUUUCGACACAUUUUCAAGCAUCAAAUAACAGAACUUAUUCUGGAAAAUUGUGAUCAGGACAGUGAGACAAUCUUAUUAGGAGAAUAUACUGAAAAUGUUUAUGCACCAAUCUUGACUUUUUUCGAAAAUUUAACACAUUUAAGUAUUGUUGAAUCAUCAUCGAUUACUGAAUAUCCACCUUUGUCAAUAUGUGAUUUACCAUCAACUACCUUUUUUUCUUCUACUCUUAAAAAAUUAUGCAUCAAUGUAGAAAGUAUAAAUGAUUGCUUUCAUUUACUUGAUGGUCGUCUUCAACAAUUGACAACACUCAUUGUUCAAAUUGGGUUUAUUGACAAUGAUUCACCUAUUGUUCAUAAUACCAAUGAUCUACCUAAUUUGAAAUGUUUUUCAUUAAUAUGCUAUGAACAAACUGAUGCAUAUGACAGCCAAGUGAUACCUAUACUUCGUCGUAUGACAUACUUGGAAAAAUUAACUUUGUAUAUUCGUAUUCAUAAUCGAUCUAAUUACAUUUGUUGA